CUGAGAGAUUCUCCAUUGAUGCUAAAUCUGAGAGAAGUAGGAGGGUUAGCAGACAAAGAGAAAUAUGUCCAAUGACACUUGUCAGAACUCAAAGACAUAAAAUUGCAAUCACACCAGUUAGUAACACGAUCUAUUUCAGUUUGAACAAAUUGCUUGACCGUAUUCAAACUAUCCUGUUUCUCGAAUGUACAGAUCAAAUACAGGUCAUCGGCAAACAAACUAUACAGUACUGAUGAUGAAGUAGGAAGAGAGAGAUCGUUAAUAAAAAUGAGGAAAAGCAGGGGACCCAAAAUAGAUCCUUGAGGCACACCAGAAAGAAUAUAUGCUACGUUAGAAAGAGCCGUUCCUAUUUUUACAUAUUGUGAACGACCCUUUAGAUAAGAUGUAAACCAGUGUAGAAGUUUAUCGUCUACACCAACGGAUUGCAGUUUUUGUAGUAAAACGAGGUGCGGUACGCGAUCGAAAGUCUUAGCUAGGUCGACACUCGCACCAAUACUGAUUUUGUUAGUAGAGGCACUGUCAAAUAACCUGUUCCUGACAUAUAGUAAAGCAUCGGUGGUCGAAGCAUUCGGUCUGAAACCGAACUGAUUUGCAGACAAAAGUUGGUUAGUCAAAAGAUGAUCAAGAAGUUCUUUGUGGAUGACUUUCUCAAAAACUUUACUCACGGUAUUCAGAAGAGAAAUUGGUCUAUAGUUAUCUACAGAACCAACAGGUCCUUUUUUAUGGAUGGGAGUAACUAAAGAAGUUUUCCAGUUAUCAGGAAAGGUUUCUUUAUCAAGUGAGAGUUGAAAAAGAUAAGCCAACUGUUUAGAGAUGGAUGACGUACAAAGUUUGAAGAAAUGAAUAGGAAUGUCGUCAGUGCCUACACUAGAAGUAUCACGUAACUUACUAAUAGCCUCUGAGACUAAUUCUUCAGUUAUUACGAUAGAAUUGAGAGUUUGACCAGAAUAAAUAGUACGUGGAGACAGCAGUGGCCCGUUGUUAUUAGUGUAACAUGAGGCAAAAAAUUUAUUAAAUUUUUGACAGGUCUCAGAAGGAGAAGAAGAAAUCCCAUUACUGUCAGAAAUGAAUUGACAAGUAUUUUGUUUAGAUGCUCUGUAUCUAUUUAAAGACGACCAGAACUUGGUAGGAUCUGAAAAUGAGCGACAAAUAGAAGAGAACGUUGUUUUCUUGUCAUUUCGUAAAGACGAAAGAACAUUAUUUCGCGAAAGUUUAAAUUUUAAAAGACUUUCUUCAUCAGUAGGAUUUUUUCGAUGUUGUUUAUACGCAAGAUUUCGUUUUCUCAUUAACUUUUUAGUUUCUUUUGAUAUAGCAACUUUAAAGGAUGAAGACAGAGGAACUUGUUUACAUUUCGCAAACUUGGAUAAGCACAAAUUAACAUGUGAUUCCCAAAGAGUAACGGCUACAUCAGGAUCACCAGAAGAAUAGAGAUCACUAGAAAGGUCAGAUAGAGCACGGUUUAGUUUCUCAAUAUCGCACUCACUGAAAUCCCAAAUGACUUUAAAAGAAGUAGAAGUUUGUUUGACAUAGAAGGAAUCAAAAGUUACAACUAAAGAAAAGUGGAUUGACUCACCGAUAGACGGAUAGUCGGAUAAAGAAGGUUGGUUGUAAAUAGAAGAGUACAGAAUGUAAUCUAAACACGAACCGAGAGAUGUGGUUGCGGUUGGUUGUGUUUUCGAAAGAGAGAAAGUGUCAGAAAAAGCACAUAAAGCAUCAAAUACACUUUUAUCAGUCGGAUCUGCAUUAUAAUCUCCAAUUAGAAUGAGAUUAUCGUAAUUUUGAGGAAGAUUAGAAAAGAGAAACAGUUCUAGGUUGUCAAAGAAGCUAUUAGGAUUCGGAUUUUGAGCUUCAGAACGAUAUGAGUUACCUAAGCAUAACAGGGAGUCAGAAAUACGGAUAGAAAAUAGUUUCCCACGAUCUUUUUCAUGCUUUUGGCCUAAAUAGAUUUCCUAUCGUUUCCAAAAUACAAGAGUAGUGGUAAUUUUUUGAAGAACUUUUGGUAGAAAAGAGCUGCAGAGCACAAUUCAAAAAAGGAGACUUGAAGACAUGUUUUCUAUACCAAAGUUGUUUUUAGAAGGGUUUUCUGAAACAGUUUCUCCACGAGAUCUUUGAAAAACUAGGCCGCCUGUAAGAAUUUUCCAAUAGGAUUGUAUUGCUUUUCAGAGUAGCACUUCGCACCCAGUUUGAAGAGAACACUCCGGGCCACCAGCUUAUGAAAAAAAAGCAAUACAAUCCUAUUGGAAAAUUCUUACAGACGGCCUAGUUUUUCAAAGAGAAACUGUUUCAGAAAACCCUUCUAAAAACAACUUUGGUAUAGAAAACAUGUCUUCAAGUUUCCUCUUUUGAAUUGUGCUCUCUAGCUUUUUUCUAUCAAAAGUUCUUCAAAAAAUUACCACUACUCUUGUAUUUUGGAAUAGUAGUUUUUGUAACCAAGAUCUUUUGCAUGUUUUUUAUCGAAAUGUUUUCAACCUGGAUCAAAGGUAUGUUAUUUCCGUGAACAUUUCUCAAUUUGUCCAAGAUAAAUGUUCAGUAAUUUAUUAACAGAAAAACGAACGGCCUGAAGGAAGUAAAUGUAGUUAUGAUCAGAAUUCAAAAGUUUGUUAUUCUUUUAGAUUUAAGCUUUUAUAAAAAAAAAUGAUUUAUACAACUGUUCAAUCAUUUAGUAACAAAAAUAUUAAUUUUAGUCUUCGGAGUCUAAAACCGGAUCGUUACUACAGGCACCAGAUUUUCAGAGUGUUUAAAAAGUUACGGUUAAAGGUUACUACUUCUGGUAACCGACAAUUAUGCGACGAGGAGAAAAAAGUUAGCAGUGAUUCUAAAGUUCGUCCAGACGAAAAAACUAAUAAACUGUCUACAGAGAGUACUCAAAGAAGCAGUCAGAUUGCAACAACAUUACUGUCAUCAUUAUCAGCAAAUCCAGUAUAUCAUCGUACGGACUCUCAUGAUAACAAUAAUAUUAUAUUGAUUGAACGAACAGCAGAUAACGAUGCGUCGAGUUCACUUUUUGUCAUCUGGUAUGAUAAGGAUGAGAGGCGACAAGAGAUUAUGAUCAGAAUACAACAAAAACUUGGCGUACAACUAUUAUUCUUCAAUGAGAAACAAACAUGUUUACAAUACAUACAUAUGCACUCUGAUAAACAUAUAUUUCUUAUUACAUCUGAUGAAGAUUCUAAAGAUUUUAUUACAAUCAUUCAUAGUUUAUUACAAAUACAUUCAAUAUAUAUUUAUUGUACGGAAGAUGAUUUUGAUAUGUUAGCAAUAUGGUCAAAUUUAUUUCCGAAAGUAUGGGGUGUAUUUAGUUUUGAAGAACGUUUAUUCAAUAAACUUGUGCUAGAUUUAGCAUUAUAUUGUACAGAAAAAGGUGAUGCAUAUAAAAAGGAUGGAGAUAUGAAGUUAGCUAAUAUUAAUUACACACGAUCGGUGAACCUGUACAAUACCAUACUGGACUAA